AUGGCUGGAUCCAUUACUUUCUACUCUUCGCCUAAUCCACGAGCGCCUCCCCAGGAUGGACAUGUCCACCAGGGCGCCAUUCUCUAUUUGCCCAAGAGGAAAAUCAUCGAUCGCAAGCGUAAGAGCCAUAUACUUCCUAAAUUCGUGGGAACCAUCAGAUCAACUGGGCAAAUAAUCAAGGAGCAUGGUAAACGCCAUUUCAAAGUUCUAGAAGCAAUCAAACCGGCAGCGUUUGGAGCAUACGGUCACCCAAUUCUUGUACUUUCAAGACCUGAUGAGCAUACUAUUGAAUUCGUGACUUUAAGAAGUUAUCGGGAAACUGAGCUGGAACUCAUGGAGGACGACUGGGGCUGGCCCGAAGGGCAGGUGAAGGUAGAGCAUCACCUCUCCAUCUCCCCUGCCGAGCAUCCGUACGUCAACAAGAACGAGCGAGUCAACCUCGCGUAUGUGGCUCUCCGUCUUCGUGACGACCUUCAAAUGUCCGCCGCGGAAGGCUGUCUCUCCGUACUUCCGAUACAUUCCAUGCAUUGGAUAUAUGUAGAGCGCUACUUUCUGAAAGGCCAGCGAACUGACUUCAGCACCCAUUGGGAGUUGGACGGACCAUCCAUGGAAGUGGUCCUCAGCCUUGCUCUGCAAAAAGCACACUAUUCCCCUGGUCCGCAGCAUCCAAGGCGAGCUGUCUCCUGA